GAGAGAGGAGGAAGAAGUCUUUUAAGCAUAUGAAACACAAGUGCUUUAAAACUGGAUAGGUUCUGUGCAUGUUAAGGGCAAUUUAGUUAAGCAAGUUCUCCUGUUUUACUGUGUGGAUGCCAAGCUCAAGCUUUACCUAUUUCAUUGCAUCUUUUAUUUGUACACAUACUUCAUCAGGACUACAACAAGAUGGCUCAAAAUCGUAGACUCUCCAGUGCCAGUUAUGACACCAGUGCCUCAGAUCACAGCAGAGAGAUUUCUUCUAGAAUGACCAGAAUGUUAGAUGAACAUGGAUACAACAUGCAGAAAGAACUUGGACAUGGGGAAGAGUGUUCAGGAAGAGUGUUUCUGGUCACAGACAUAGAUGGAGAUCCCUAUGUGGUCAAACAGCUGAAUUCAAGAGAUAGGAAGGAGCUGGAAAGAGUCCACAAGGAAAUCAAGAUCUUAAAUAAAAUAAACUGUGGAUAUAUUGUUUCUUAUGUGGAAUCAUUUGAAGAUAAAGAAGCUGAACUCUUUUAUAUUGUGAUGGAGUAUUGUGCAGGAGGAGAUCUUAAUGAGAGGAUGAAAGCACAAAAAGGGAAAGGCUUUGAAGAGCAUCAGAUUCUUGACUGGUUUGUUCAGAUUUGUAUGGCACUGCAGUAUAUUCAUGAUGAGAGGAGGAAUGUUUUUCACGGAGAUAUCAAACCUCAGAAUAUUUUUCUGACUGAAGAUGGCUACAUCAAUCUAGGGGAUUUUGGAUCCUCAAACGUGCAGAAAAGAGCAAAUCCUUAUACAAAAUCAGUUGCAGGUGCAGAUCUCUAUUUCAGCCCAGAAGUUUAUCAGAACAAAUAUACUUCCAAAAGUGAUAUUUGUUCACUGGGAUGGGUGCUCUAUGAUCUCUGCAUGCUGGAUGUUUGGUCAGAUGUCAAUAGACGUCGCUUUCAACAAGCCUCCCUCAAUGUAGGAAAUCCUCUUGAAUUCUCAAAUAUGUAUUCACCGGAUCUGCAGGACUUAAUCAAAGAAAUGGUCAGCACUGACCCUACAUCCAGACCUUCAGCUGAUGACAUUCUAGCAAAACCCUUCCUAAGAGAGGCCGUAGACAGAAACAAGACAUUUCCACAAGCACUGGAACAAAGGUUCAUGAUGUCCUUGAAUAUCUUUGAUGAGACCUACAAUGAGCACUAUGAUCAAUUUGAGGCCUUAGUUAAAGAGUGGGGAGAAACAACGGAUUCGCUAGAGAAGGUUCAUCAUAAAUAUACAGCAGGUGCGCUGUCAGGUUCAGUGAUUGGAGCAGCUGGAGGAAUCACUGCAGUGGUUGGUGCAAUUUUGGCACCUUUUACUUUUGGUGCAUCUCUGAUUGUAACUGGUGUUGGUGUUGGAGUUGGAGUUGCAGGUGGUGUAACAGGUGCUGCUUCCAGCAUUACCAAUUCAGUCAAACAAAAAUCACUUCGUGAGAACAUUGAGAGAAUUCAGCAUAAAUUUACCGAAGUGACACCAAUUCUCGAUUCACUAAAUACAGUGAGAAAGAUACUGAGAGUAAUCCAAAAAUUCAAGGAUUUUGUCAGUGACUCUUUUGACAAUGUGCAAAUGUCAUGCAAUGUAGAGAAAAGGAAACUAAUGUGUGCCAGAGAACUCAUGAAUCUCGGUCUGCUGGCAAAUGUUGGCAGGAUUGCUGCUCAAACUGCUAGAGUAGGACGGGCUGCAGCAGCUGCCACAGCUGCAGUCACAGGAGUGUUGAGUGGAAUCCUAGUCAUUGUUGACACUGUCUUCAUAGUGAAAGACUCCAUUGACAUUCACAGGAUGAGACAGGGGAAAGUAGAUAAUCCAAAAAAGGUCAAGUCAAGUUUACUCAAGUCCAUUGCUAAAAUGAGGAAAACACAUAAAGAUCUUUGCGAUGUCCUGAAGGAAAUUAAAGAAACAAGAGAGGAACUAAACGACUAUAUAGAAAUGUCCAGGGAAAGAGAUUUAAACAGAGAUUGGGAGAGUUUAAACCCAUAAAUAUGAUACCAGUUAGAGAUUCAUGCAGCAUCCUAGAUUUGUCUGUAAGCUUGAGUGAAGAAAAAGGGUCACGUGAGGUUAGACAUUUGCAAAUAUAAAAAUCGUAGGCUUUAAAUAUACAAAGAUGCAUAUCAAAAUGUUAAUGUUGUAUGUUUUAACUCUAUGACUCUCUUCGUUAAUGUCUGGAAAAUGUUCCUAGCCUCUGCAUUCCUCUUCAUAGGGAUAGUCCACCCAAAAAUGUAAUUUCUCUCACCAUUUACUGACCCUCAUGUUGUCUCAGAUGUUUAUGACGUUCUUUCUUCAGAUGAACACAAGCAAAUAUUUUUAGUCCAUAUAAUGCAAGGGGGCAGGACCACUUUAGAAACCACGACAGUCAAUAUUAAAAUAUUAGUAUGUGUAUUCUUCUUGCAUAUGUUGUUUCACUUAAGACGACCCUGAUUUAUUACCAGGGGCUGCAUAAGUUACUGUCAUAUUCACUUUGUGUUUAGUUUUUAAGUGUCAUUUUAGAUGCCCCAUACACUUUGAGAGAUGAUUUUAAUUUUUCCCUAAAACUCUUAGUUUGUGUUCAUCUGAUAAAUGAAUGGCAUGAGGGGGGAAAGGAUGGUGUUUCCUUAUAAUCCCUUUUCCUGUAUUUUUAUUUUGGUGUUCUGCUGUGCUUAAUUUUAACUGUUGUUGUUGCACUGAACAUAUGCGUUUGACUUGUGCCAUUGCAUUUUGUUUUGUUCUGUCUUUAACCAUACUUUUGUAUUUCUGUCAGGAAAAAAAGACUUAUUCUUUCUAAUACUUGAGUACAAUUUAAAGUUGUACUUUUUUACUUUUACUAUAGUAUGUUUUUGGCAAGAUGCUUGUACUUUUG